ACCGAAGUGAAGGAGUAUGACCCGGCCAAGAUUUUCACUGGUGAAGUGCUCCGAGUCGGCUCGUACGCCGCGCAAAAGCCGCCCUACCAUCAGAAAAAUCCAUUUAUGGCCCGGGUCAUUUGUAACCGCGAGCUGAACCUUAGCGGAAGCAGAAGUGUGAGACAUAUUGAAUUUGACCUCACUGGGUCCAGGUUAAGAUACGAAGCUGGCGACCACCUUGCUAUUCAUCCAGAGAACGACACUGACCUCGUGAAUGAGUUCGGCGAGCUGCUGAAUACUAACCUUGAUGACGUCAUAUCUCUGGACUGCACUGACGAGUAUAGCAACCGGAAGCAUCCGUUUCCAGUGCCGUGUUCGUAUCGAACCGCACUCACCUACUACGCUGAUAUCGCUUCGUUACCAAAAACCAACGUUCUUUUUGCAAUAGCCGAGUACUGCUCAAACCAUGAGGAGAAAGAGUUUCUCUUGAAGCUAAGUUCGGUGGACGAAGAAGGCAGAAAACUGUAUUCCUCUUGGGUCUGGACGGAUCAUCGAACAAUCCUUGAUAUCUUGCACGAUCUUCCGAGCUGUAGGCCGCCGUUGGAUCUUCUCCUGGAAUUACUUCCGAGGCUACAGCCUCGUUAUUAUUCGAUAAGUUCCUCGCCUAAAGUCGAUGCAAACGUCGUGUCCAUCACGGCAGCUGUUCUCCAGUAUACUACGCCGUUGGGGCGAGUUUGCAAAGGUGUGGCGACCAACUACUUAGCGUCCAAAAUACCGUGUCAAGAUACGGUUCCGAAGGUGCCAAUAUUUGUUCGAAGGUCGCAAAUACGAUUGCCCUACACGCCUUCCGUACCGGUUUUGAUGAUUGGUCCUGGAACGGGCUUUGCUCCCUUCCGCGGUUUUAUUCAGGAACGAAUCGCCCUUUCAGAUUUAGGCAAAAUCGUCGGUGCUAACGUUCUGUACUUCGGCUGCCAGCGUCGAACAGAUGGAUAUCUCUAUAAAGACGAACUGGAAACUUGGAACGAAAACGGGAACUUGACCGAAUUUCACGUCGCCUUUUCACGGGAGCAACAGCAUAAAAUUUACGUGCAGCACCUCUUGAUGAAAAAUAAAUCCAGUGUAUGGAGCACCGUGCGUUCAGGGGCACAUGUUUAUGUUUGUGGUGAUGCAAAACAUAUGGCUCGAGACGUGCAGAAUACCCUUGUAAAGAUUUUCAUCGAAGAAGGAAAUCUGUCGGUGAAUGAAGCAGAUGAAUAUUUAAAAUCCAUGGAGAAAAAGAAACUUUAUCAGGCUGAUAUUUGGAGUUGA